CCUCACUUUUUUGAUUUCAUGUCGCAAUUUUCAAAAUUCCAUUUAUUAUUAACAAAUUCUUAUGAUAAAAUACCGUGAAAUUAAGAAUUUGCGUACUCUACUAAUAGCGCUAUUUUCAUUCCUGCUGGGAUGCAUGGUGACAAUAAAUUUAACGCCAGUAGAAAAAACUUGCAUCAUAGAUAAAUCUGAUAGGGAAUACAGGAUCCUACAAAACUCUAGGCUACAGAACCCGGAGGUAAUCGUACUGAUACUGUCGGCGCCAAAACACAUUGAAAAACGAAAAGUAAUAAGAGAGACAUGGCUGAAUUUGGGCCAGAUCACAUCCACCCCUUAUCGGUUCAAGCACUAUUUUGUUGUGGGAAGUUUGGGACUUGACAGUGACCAACUGUUGCAUUUGAGCAACGAACAGUCAGAGUUUUGGGACAUUUUAAUAUUGCCCAUGCAAGACAAUUAUAUGAAUUUAACAAAAAAAGUGCUUCAGAUGUUUCAAUGGCUCAAUGAUCAGUAUAAUUAUGGUCUACAGUAUAAAUUUGCCCUUAAGUGUGACGAUGACACCUUCAUAAACCUACCUGCACUUUUAAAGGACAUUCAGAACAUGGAACACCAUUUAGCAACAUCCCAACUACAGUUUCCGCUAAAUCUUCCACCUGAGCAGCUGAAUCGUUUUAUUACGGUUGAUGUGCAAUCAAAUGAAAAAGUGCAAGUGGAAAAUAUGAGUUUAUAUUGGGGAUAUUUUGCAGGCAAUUCGAAAGUACAAACUUUUGGAAAAUGGGCCGAACCACAUUGGAUUGCAUGUGAUAAAUAUGUCCCAUAUGCUUUAGGAGGUGGAUAUAUAUUGUCUAAGGAACUGGUCAGUUUUAUUGCUAGGAAUGCAGAUAAUUUAAGGGUGUACAAUUCCGAAGAUGUAAGUGUGGGCUUAUGGCUGGCCCCAGUAAACAACAUAAUUCGGAUUCAUGAUAUUCGUUUUGACACUGAAUGGACAACUAGAGGGUGCAAAGAUUUUUAUUUAGUUACCCACAAUAUUCCGCCAGAUGAUAUGAGAAAUAUGUAUGAUAGUUUACAGACUGAUAAAAGGCUCUGUAAGAAAGAACAUGUAAGAAGGAAAUACUAUUUAUAUGAUUGGAAAGGAUCCCCUGCUAAAUGUUGUGUGGCCUGGCACUAAAAUUGUGUGAAUUUUUUCAUUUGUACUUAAGUUUUUGUGAAGAUAUAGAUAAAAUCCUUUGUAAAUAAAUGGUAGAUUUUUGUCGUUAAAAAGAUAA